GCGCAUGCGCAGAGCCGCCCCGGCCCGGCGCCUGCGCCGCGUCCCCUCCCCCGCCGCCUCGCGCUAUCCGCGGUCCGCCGGUGGCCGGUCCGCGCCGCCAUGUCCGCCGAGCAGGUGAGCAGCCUGUGCGAGCAGCUGGUGAAGGCGGUGACGGUGAUUAUGGACCCGGCCUCCACGCAGCGCUACCGCCUGGAGGCGCUCAAGUUCUGCGAGGAGUUCAAGGAGAAGUGCCCCAUCUGCGUGCCCUGCGGGCUGAAGCUGGCCGAGAAGACGCAGACGGCCAUCGUCCGGCACUUCGGCCUGCAGAUCCUGGAGCAUGUGGUCAAGUUCCGCUGGAACAACAUGCCUCGCCUGGAGAAGGUUUAUCUGAAGAAUAAUGUCAUGGGCCUUAUAUCCAGCGGAACUCAAAGUAUUCUAGAGGAGGAAAGUCACAUUAAGGAUGUUCUGUCUCGCAUUGUGGUGGAGAUGAUCAAGCGCGAAUGGCCUCAGCACUGGCCUGAUAUGCUAAAGGAGCUGGAUACCCUCUCCAAGCAAGGGGAAACACAGACAGAAUUGGUGAUGUUCAUCCUCCUACGUUUGGCAGAGGAUGUGGUGACUUUUCAAACACUGCCUACCCAGCGGCGACGAGAUAUCCAGCAAACCCUCACCCAGAACAUGGAGAAGAUCUUCAGCUUCCUACUUACUACCUUGCAGCAGAAUGUCAACAAAUAUAGACGCGUGGUUGGAGCACCCCAGGAACAAGAAGCCCUCACCACUCCACAGAAGGCUGAUCUGGGUCAGGAGCCAAAGGCCCAGGCAAACUGCCGUGUGGGGAUUGCAGCACUCAAUACCUUGGCUGGCUACAUUGACUGGGUGGCCCUGAGCCACAUCACAGCAGACAACUGCAAGCUCUUGGAGAUGUUGUGUCUGCUCCUAAAUGAACCUGAGCUCCAAAUAGGAGCAGCUGAAUGUCUCCUGAUUGCUGUCAGCAGGAAAGGGAAGCUGGAGGAUCGGAAGCCUCUGAUGGUCUUAUUUGGAGACGUUGCCAUGCACUACAUUCUCUCCGCUGCCCAGACAGCAGAUGGGGAAGGCCUGGUGGAGAAGCACUACGUUUUCUUGAAAAGACUUUGCCAAGUUUUGUGUGCGCUGGGCAGCCAGCUGUGUGCACUGCUGGGCUCAGAUUCUGAUGUGGAAACACCAACCAACUUUGGAAAAUACCUUGACUCGUUUUUAGCCUUCACAACCCAUCCUAGCCAGUUUCUGCGCUCUUCCACCCAGAUCACCUGGGGAGCCCUCUUUCGGCAUGAAGUUCUAUCUCGAGACCCCUUGUUGCUGGCUAUGAUUCCCAAGUAUCUUCGUGCAUCUAUGACCAACCUAGUCAAGGUGGGCUUUCCCUCUAAAACAGACAGCCCCAGUUGUGAAUACUCUCGCUUUGAUUUUGACAGCGAUGAGGACUUCAAUGCCUUCUUCAACUCUUUUCGAGCCCAACAAGGAGAGGUGAUGAGGAUGGCUUGUCGUCUGGACCCUCGAACUGGCUUCCAAAUGGCUGGGGAAUGGCUGAAGUACCAACUCACAGCUCCUGUUGAUACUGGACCCAUGAACUCUAAGACGGGCGAAGGUCUCUGCUCCAUCUUCUCUCCCUCCUUUGUUCAGUGGGAUGCCAUGACCUUUUUCUCGGAGAGUGUCAUCAGCCAGAUGUUUCGAACUCUGGAUAAAGAGAAAAUCCCAGUAAAUGAUGGCAUAGAUCUGCUGCAGCUUGUCCUUAAUUUUGAAACAAAGGAUCCUCUCAUCCUGUCCUGUGUGCUCACCAACGUCUCUGCUCUCUUCCCGUUUGUCACUUACCGACCGGAAUACCUACCACAAGUCCUUUCCAAGCUGUUUGCUUCAGUUACCUUUGAAGUUAUAGAAGAAAGUAAGUUUGUUAUGUCUGUCCAGGCUCCUAGAACUCGAGCAGUGAAGAAUGUGAGAAGGCAUGCAUGCUCCUCAAUCAUAAAGAUGUGUCGGGAUUACCCCCAGCUUGUCCUGCCAAACUUUGAGAUGUUAUACAACCAUGUGAAACAGCUGCUCUCCAAUGAACUACUUCUGACACAGAUGGAGAAGUGUGCCCUUAUGGAGGCCUUGGUCCUCAUCAGCAACCAGUUCAAGGACUAUGAGCGGCAGAAAGCUUUCCUGGAGGAGCUCAUGGCUCCUGUUGCCAGCUUAUGGCUCUCCACAGAGAUGCAGAGGGUCCUCUCAGAUCCCGAAGCCUUUAUCUCCUAUGUAGGUGCAGAUAACAAAAUUGCUGAUCCAGUCUUGGAAGAUCCUAGUGGCCUGAACCGUUCUAGAAUAAGCUUUUGUGUGUACACCAUUCUGGGAGUUGUGAAACGAGCUCGCUGGCCCGUUGCUACAGAAGAGGCUAAAGCUGGAGGAUUCCUGGUUGGGUACAUGCCCAGUGGCAGUCCAAUCUACCGUAACCCUUGCACUGAGCAGGUCCUGAAACUUCUUGACAACUUACUUGCUCUCAUAAGGACUCACAACAAUCUCUACAUGCCAGAAAUGGUGGCUAAGCUGGGGGAAACAUUUGCAAAGGCCUUAGACAUGCUGGAAGUGGAGAAGAAUGCCAUCCUAGGUCUCCCUCAGCCUCUGCUGGAGCUUUAUGAUUCUCCUGUUUACAAAACGGUCUUAGAAAGGAUGCAGGGCUUCUUUUGCACCCUCUACGACAACUGUUUCCACAUCCUGGGAAAUGCAGGCCCCUCCAUGCAGCAGGAUUUCUAUACUGUCGAGGGUCUCGCCACCCAGCUCCUCAGCUCAGCUUUCGUCAACCUCAACAACAUUCCUGACUACAGACUGCGUCCUAUGCUCCGUGUGUUUGUUAAGCCCUUGGUACUCUCCUGCCCUCCAGAAUACUAUGAAACCCUUGUCUGCCCCAUGCUGGGACCACUCUUCACAUACCUGCAUGUGAGGUUGUCUCAGAAAUGGCAAGUGAUCAACCAGCGAAGCAUGCUUUGUGAGGAUGAUGCUGCAGACGACAAUCCCGAGUCUCAGGAGAUGCUUGAGGAGCAGCUGGUCAGGCUGCUGACCCGUGAAGUCAUGGAUCUCAUCACUGUUUGCUGUGUUUCUAAGAAAGGCGCUGAGCAUAACACUGCUGCUACUGUAGAUGGAGAUGAUGAUGAGGUGAUGGCCACAGAGGUGACUCCCCCUGCCAGCGCAGAGCUCACUGAGCUCGGCAAGUGUCUGAUGAAGCAGGAGGAUGUUUGCACUGCUCUGUUAAUCACUGCCUACACAUCCCUCUCCUGGAAGGACACCUUGUCAUGCCAAAGAACCACCACGCAGCUUUGCUGGCCACUGCUCAAACAGGUGCUCCCAGGAAAUCUGCUACCUGAUGCUGUGUCCUGGUUCUUCACAAGUGUGCUGAAGGGGUUACAGACGCACGGGCAGCACGAUGGCUGCAUGGCAGCUCUUGUCCACUUGGCUUUCCAGAUCUACGAGGCCUUGCGUCCUCGCUAUGCUGAGCUGAAGGCAGUGAUGGAGCAGAUUCCAGACAUCCAGAGGGAAUCUCUGGAGCAGUUUGAGUCAAAACUUCUCAACCCAACGCUGCAGAAAGUGGCAGAUAAGCGCCGGAAGGAUCAUUUCAAGCGCCUCAUCACAGGCUGCAUUGGGAAGCCCCUCGGGGAGCAGUUCCGCAAGGAGGUUCACAUCCGGAACCUCCCAUCUCUCUUCAAAAAGGUGAAGCCAUCACUGGAGACAGAUGUGCUAGAGAAUGAGGAUGGAGAGGGCCUCACUGCACUCUUUGAGCCCUGAGCCAGGGACACUGCAACCAUCUCCUCCCCUGCCUUCUAUUUUGUCUGUCCUCAUAGUAAGCACAUUAGGUUCUCCCUGUCAUCUCCACAAGCAUUCACCUGAAUAAAGCCCCUUACAGGUCCUGUCCUGUUCUCCCUACAUGGGGAUGGGGCCUGGGGUGGCAUUUGAUCCAGUCCAUUAAGCUUUUCUGAUUCCUUCCCCUCCCCUCCGAGUAUUAGCCACUCUAGACCUCUGCUUCUCUGCGAGGUGGAAGCUGAGCCUACAGACUCCAUUAGGUAAAGCCUGGUCAUUCUCUAGCCUUGGGCGUCUCUUAACUCCACCUCGUCAUCCCUUGGCGUCUAGGAGCAACACAAAAGGCAGAAUAGUUCCCCAUCUGAAAAGGGGCUGCCCUAAUCUUACUCUGGGUGGUAGUAACCAGGUUUUGCAGGGAACACACAUCAGGCACUCCCGUUAUGCCCACAGGCACUUGUCCUGGUGGACUUGUCUUCUGAUGAAUCUGUUUCCCUCCUGGACUCUGAGAGCCCUGGGCUGAGGGCUGUGUGCCACCAAGCCUUGCAGUGCUGUAGGCUCUCCCUUGAGUUCAGUCUUCUUAAGGUGCAGCUCCUCUCAGAAGGGAGGCAGACACUGUCAUCAUGUAUGUAUGUUCAUAUGUCUUGUUCUACCCGGAGUCAAAUGGCAGGCUUUUGCUUUGUGCCAGCCUUUCUCAGACAUCUCUCAGGAGCAGGACAGGAAUUUUUUUUUUUUUUUUUAAACCAUGCCUUGUAGACUAGACAAGGGCAGUGCAGGUACACAAAAUCUGGACCAAUAGCUGAAGCACCUGCAAACCAAAAGGGAUCAGCCCACCCUGUCACUCUGGAGGUGACAACAGCCUCUGUUUUUACCCAGUAUGGUACUUGUCAGAGGAUUGCGUGGCAUGGCAGGAGGUAGUAGGGUUUUAUAACACAGUUUACGGAGGGAAGCCUGGCCAGAAACUGGGUUGUGGAGGAGGUAGGAAUCUAGCAAACCACUCCAGGCCACAAAGCUGGUUAUUCUUAUGUGAUAAAUGGUUCAUUCAGUCUAUUACAACAUUAGCACAGUGGUACAGGAGCUGGGACAGUCUGUCCAGAACUAGGUGGCAGUUUUGUCAUCCAGGAGACAGAGAAAAUAAUAAAUCAUGAGGGGGACAAAGCUGCUGUCUCUGCUAGGUUGGACUGGACAGAAAAGCUUGGCUUAGAAGAGGGUGGAAGGGGCUGAAAGGAAGAGCAGACCUGGGGAAAAUCCACUCACCCUCCUGCCCCUGCUGUUCCACCAGCACCGUCCACUCUCCUCCUGGCCUUAAUUUUUUUUAAAACUCCUGAGCUAACAUGGCUCCUGGCUCUAGCAAAGGCUGGGUGUAUUUAUUGUGUUGUGGUAUUUUUAACAUUCUGUGACUUCAUGCUAGACACAAGGGGUUUUUUUAAAUGGUUUUUAGAACCUUUUUUUGUAGGAAUGUUUAAAUCUGAAGCUGUCUUCUGAACUGGUUGUUACACCUCUGAAUGUCAGUAAAGCUAUUUCAGUUUCAUA